CAGCCGGAGGCAAAAGAUUCUGAUGAAGAAGGAAGUGCUGCUCACUGUCAGAGGUGAUAAGGUGGAGGUGGAUUCAGGGGUGGAGUCUGUCCAGCUGAUCUGCAAAACCACAGUUUUCCUGCCUAAAGACGCUAAAGUGGAGUGGAAGGACAUGAAAAACAGGAAGGUCCACGUGUAUGAGAACGGCUCUGACCAGCCUGAAGAACAGGAGCAGGAUUACAGAGGCCGAACGAAGAUGAAUGAAGACCUGCUGAAAACUGGAGACCUCAGUCUGACCCUGAAACACCCCACAGAGAGCGACACAAACACCUACACUUGUACCCUCUACAAUCAGCAGGGAAACAUCCUGAUGAAGAAGGAAGUGCUGCUCAUUGUCAGAGUUCACAAGGUGGAGGUGGAUUCAGGCAGGGAGUCAGUCCAGCUGCCCUGCAAAACCUUAGUUCAAGUGUCUAAAGACAUUAAGGUGGUGUGGAAGGACAAAUACGGAAAGGUCCACGUGUAUGAGAACGGCUCUGACCAGCCUGAAGAACAGGAGCAGGAUUACAGAGACCGAACGAAGAUGAAAAAAGACCUGCUGAAAACUGGAGACCUCAGUCUGACCCUGAAAUACCCCACAGAGAGAGACAACUCCACCUACACCUGCACCGUCUACAGCAGGGAGGGAAACAUCCUGAUGAAGAAGGAAGUGGAGCUGAAAGUCAGAGUCCAAAAACUGGAGGUGGAUUCAGGGGUGGAGUCUGUCCAGCUGCCUUUCAAAGCCACAGGAAACCUGCCUGAAGACACUAAAGUGGAGUGGAAGGGUAAAUACGGAAAGGUCCACGUGUAUGAGAACGGCUCUGACCAGCCUGAAGAACAGGAGCAGGCUUACAGAGACCGAACGAAGAUGAACGAAGACCUGCUGAAAACUGGAGACCUCAGUCUGACCCUGAAACACCCCACAGAUGGAGACACACAAGUCUACACCUGCACCGUCUACAGCAGGGAGGGAAACAUCCUGAUGAAGAAGGAAGUGCAGCUGAAAGGUUAUGGGGGGUUGGAGACCAUCCAGCUACCACAGAGCGGACAGGUCACCUAA